AUGAAAAGAGCAAUCGCCUCUCGCCAAGUGGUACUCACGCUGGCCACAGCACCAUCGUCAGGAGGAAGAAAUCAUCUUCUCGCCAAAACAUCAUCAUCGGCCAAAACUUGUUCUUCAGGAUUCCAUCAUCACCAACAAAACCAAUACGCUAUGUUCUCUACUUCCUGUUUCACCAAAGCAACAGCUUCCACCUCUGGCAACAACAGUAACAAUACGUCAUCAUCGGGCACUACCACUUCGCCAUCAUCGUCGUCCAAUCCAACAACAACAACCAAGGCAACAGAAUCCAUCAAAUAUAACAAGGAAAAUCAACUAAGACCUCCUUCUGAAGCAGGUAGCGGAGGAAGCAAAAAAUCACCUUCCUUGCUGUUCAAAUUGUUACUUUCUCUUUCUGUCAUUUCAGCAGGCUCUCUUGCAGUCCUCAUGUACUUGAAGGAUGAUAUUGAGAAAGCUCGUAAGCUCGAGAAGGAAAUUUCAGAGUUGAAGGCCUACCAGAAGCAAGCAUUGAGUGAUUUAAAUGCAGCCAAUAGGGACAACAUGGAAGGAGAGAACAACUCUGAAAAAGAAGAAAAGAUUCAAGAAUUCAAUAACAAGGCCAAUGAAGAGAGAUCAGCACUCGAAAAUGCUCUUCAAACCGAGUUGCAAAACACUCAACACAGACUUCAAUCCAUUGCUUCUCAACUCGAAGCUCUUCAUCGUGAGAAAUCCUCGAUUGUCCAACAAAUGACCACUCUCGAAAACUCACAAACAGCCAUCAAGAAGGAGGUCGAACAGCUCAAUUCCGAAAAACAAUCGCUCACAGCAGCCAUUGAGAAUGCAAUGACUCACUCAUCGGUACGAGUGGAUAGCUCUAAAUUGGCAUCCAAAGAAGGUCCUCUCUCAGUAGAAGAUCGAGAUUUAUUGAUUCUUCGUAUUCAACAAAUUGAAAAACAACUUGCAACCAAAGAUCAACUCUUACGUACUUUGGAGCACGAGUAUGAAACAAAAUUGAAUCGAGUGCGAGCACUUAGUGAGGAGCAAACUAAACUCGAAAUGGACAAACUCUCUGCAAAACUCUCAGAAAAGCAAACAGAAUUGCAAUUGUUGAGAGAGAGACUCUCGCAAGAGUUGAGUGCUGAGAAAUUGAGACUUUCAUCUGAGAUGGAGCAAUCCCUCAAGGAACAAGCCCAAGAUAUUUCCUCCCUCUACUCUUCUCACGCACAAAAGAAAGAUUUACAAGUGAGAGAGGCUGAGGCCAAAUUGAAACAACUAGAAAAGCACUUCGCUGAGUCUAUUGAUUAUUUCAAUGAUAGCCUUAAAUUACAACAGUACACAACAGCCAUCAUUUCAUUCCAAGAUGCCACUCUCAAUAAGAAGCAACCAUGUAAGAAAGAGGUGGAAAAGUUGAAGACACUCGCUGAAAAUGAUGAUCUUGUGACCACUGCACUCGCUCUCAUUCCCGAACAGGUCAUACUCGAAGGAGCUGCCUCAUCCGAGGACUUGAGGAAUAGAUUUUUGACCGUCAAGAAACAAGCUUUGGCCUCCUCCCUGACACCUUCGCAUGCUGGACUCUUUGGAUAUGUGACUUCGAAACUCGCUUCAGUCUUUGUUGUUGAAGAGCAUGGUUUGGUAUCAGGCGAGUCUGUGAAUGCAGCACUUGCCCGUGCUGAAUAUUAUUUGAAACAUCGAAGAUUGGAAAAUGCCUUGUCAGAAAUUGUCAAUAUUUGUCAACAAAAGGACAAUGAAAAUUUGAAAUUUGUUUUGACUGAUUGGAUGAAGGAUGCCAACGAUAGAGUUCUAUUGGAUCAAGCAUUGAGGAUGUUGCAAUCUCAUCUUGUGGUUCUCUCACAAUCAGUUCAAUAA